AUGGCGUGUGGCGUGGGUGGGCUGGGCCCCCAUGGGCGCCCUGCGUCCCUCUGGAAGGCCGCCGAGCCCUCUGCCCGCCUCGCCUCGGGCAGGGCAGCGCUUCCCGCCUUCCUGACCGCCUCUGAGUCCUGCUGUUACAACCAUACUUUUGAAGAUGAUUUACUUGUUUCCAUGGAAACUCUCACUUACAAUACGCCUGAGGGACCAAAACGAUGGGAGAACGUGUCAACCAAGAACCUUAGAAAAUGGAAGAGGAAAGUACUUGAGGCCAAGGUAACUGUAGCUUAUAUUCUUGUAGUGAUUUUAACUGCGAAAGUAUGGCAAAAAGUGAAUGACCAGAAUGACCAGUACUCCUAUGAAGUUUUACUGGGUGAAGAAAGUGAUGCCAGUACAGUUUCAAUAAAAAGACAGCUUGAAGACGUUCACUUACAGAAUCUGUAUGUAGAUGAUGGGAAAAUUCAAGAGAAAGUAAAAGUUCAAGUGGAUGUGAUAGUACAAGAUCAUGCUAGAAACAUUCCCAAGUGGAUUGCGGUGACACCUCCAAGUUUAUCGGAACGUCUUCGUUUAGAUUUGCCAGAGCAAGAACUGAUUGGUAACCAAGCCACUGUUUGCAGAAAGAAAGUAGAGUUGUCAAGUGGAUGUUCUUCAUUCAGAUCUCUACAGUCACAAUUUUCUGGUAUCCCUAUUUCAAGGAACACAAUAACCAUAUCCAAGCAUCAACCUUCUUCAGAAAUGAAUGAAACUUACUGUGAUAGUAUCUUGGAAGAAUACCAGUCUGCAGAUGAGGAGUGCUCCUGGACCAACUUAACUCUUGGAGACUUGUAUCCAGCAAUGGUGGAGAUGCUGACAAAGGUCAUGGCAAAGCAGCCUUGGAGAAAAGAGUUAAAAUACAUGUUUGGACACAUAAGGCGCAAAAGAUGGCGUUCUAGAAAACCAAAGCUCAACGUCGCUGUAGACAAAAUAAGAGGGUUCAGACCUCUUAAACGGAAGCAAACAUUACCCAGCAUAUGCAGCAGUAGAAGUGAAGACAUCCAGAAUCAAACUUUUGGAAAGGAGAACAGAGAACUUUGUGAUGACAUGUGUUCCAUUAGUAAUGUAUCUGGUCUGGUACCUUAUUCUUACACUGAUACAAAUGAAAUCAAAAUGGACUAUUCUGACUCAGGUUUAGAAAAUGGUUUGUUACCUGGAAAAGACCAAGAAGUCUCCAAACGGACUGGUUUUCUUAAUGUUAUGGAUGGAAUGGGAGAGACAUUUCUAGUUGAAGAUGAGUUGCAGACUGCUGUCUCGCUGAAGAAUUCAAAAGGCAAGGAAAGUGAAAAAUUGGCUUACAAAUGUUCCCCUGAAUACUGUUCUGUAACAUCUCCUUCCAGUUCAGGGUCAACAGCACUUCAUCUGGUGAAAGAGAGUAAAACUCAAAAAAGUGACUUUCCUUGUGGUGAUAACUCAGAGUUGUUUUCAUCUACUUGUAGUUCCUAUGGCAGUAGUAACACUUUUAUGCCUGUCACAGACUGUUCUCUUGCAAGAGCAUCAAAUACUUUGCUCAUAAAUCCUGAAAAAACAAUUUCUGAAAGGCCAAUUCCUUUCCAGCGCAAACACUCAUUUUCUGCAUUGUCUGUGAAGCAGCAUCCUUCAAAGAUGCCCCAGAAAAAUGAAGAUGCAUUUGAAAAACUCUACUACGAACUGUAUUCCAAAGAAAUCCAAAAGCCUUUGAUAUUGACAAGACCCCUUUCAAAUUCACAGAACCUUGAGGAGAGAGGAAUAUUAGUGACGAGAAAUUUAAAUGAUUCUGUGAGGUCCAAUACACAGCAUGAUAGAGAAUUUGACAGGAUCUAUGAGCAAUUCUGUAGUAAGGCUGUUCCUAAACUUCCUGGGUUUCUGAGAGCUUCAAGUUUAAGGAAAUAUGAAGGAAUACAGAUGUCUGAAACUGUAAAUGCACUUGUUAACUCACCUGUUCGAACUUUAUCUGCAAUUCCUAGAGUUAAGAGAGUAGGAAAUUUUCAAAAUGAUCUUUUUUGUUCACCAGUAAAGCGACUGAAAAAUACACCAGAACGUUAUUUUCCUUCAACAAAAUGUCAACAGAUUUAUCACAGAAAAAAUGUUAAUCUUCAGACAGUUGGCAUGGAUUUUUUGUGCACAUACGAUGGCAGUAACUCUAGCUUUUUUGGCAGUCACAACAGUUGGAGUAAGGACUCAGCAUGUCAUGCUUCUUCAGAUAAAACUUUUCUCGGUAUUCCUGCUACUUCCCUGCAAGGAUCUGGGAUUGCAGAUUACAACUCUGAAUGGCCUAGAGCUGUGAAGAAUUGCAGCUGUCCCAAAAAUGAACAGAAAGGUCACCAAAGGAUAUCCAGAAAACUAAGCUACACUGAUGGGAAAGACCAAAAUCGUAGCAAUCCCUUGGACAACUUCUUGAUCAAAAGUCACGAAGGAGCAGUCACAAACUGCUAUGGAGAAAACAUUGUUUUAUAA